ACAAAACAACUUAAACCAAUUAGUGUUGUUGUUGCUAGAAAGACGGAAGUCUGUUUAAUUCUGGUCUUCACGCUGAAGAGUUCCACCACAUGGUUAGCAACGUGUGUCACAUUCAAGGAACUCCUUCUUCACGAUCACACGUGUUGCGAAUUCUAAUUUGUUUUUACCCUAACCAAGCUUCUGCUGAAUGAAAAGAAUUUACUGUCGUCAUGAUUAUAAAGUAUGAAAACUAAUUACUAGUUUUCAUUUAUAUAUUUAUUUUCAGAAAAUAUAGGCGUGUUUACAAUAUAUUUUGUGUUGCGAAUAUUUGAUAAAAAUUAAAGCCAUGGAUAUUCUGAAUUCAGAAAUAAACCUUUUUCAAGUGACUCUAAAUAUUGUGAACGAUUCCGGUGAUGCUAUCGACCAUUCUCUUGUUACAGAUAUCAUUGUACAGCUCUUAACUCGGAUAUCGAAACGUGUAUCUUCGAGCACCAGUAUGGAGCAGCUGGUUCAAACCACACCUUCGCUCGAUCGGAUAAUUAAAACAUAUCAAGACAACAACAUUGGAUGUGUUGUAUCAAGUGAUGCGAUUAAACCUAUUAUAGGUGAAAUCGUCACUGAAUUCUAUUCAAAACUUUUACAAUUCCAACAUAAUUUACCUCUCGGUUUUAGUAUACCUUACGAACAGCUGGCACCGCUCUGUGAUGUUUUUAUUCUAUGUCUAGACUUGUGCCCCCAUUCAAUCCAAAAUAACAUCAUUCAUAUGUUUAAGACGUCCAUUUUGCAUUAUAUCCACGAAAACCCGACUGCUUUUGGUAAAUAUCAAAUUACAUGUUCGUUUGUUGAUGUUCGGAUUGUUAUCGAAACCUUAAAAAGAAUUUUAAGGAAAGCCUCCGCCGUAAAUUUUGAAUUUCCAAUCGUAGGAGAAAUUGUCCAAUGCCUGUACCCAGUAUUUAUUGAAGCUUUAAAAGUUUUUGAUGAGACCUUAGUUGGUCAGAUUAGCUGUACAUUAUUGAAAGAUAUGAUACGAUCUUGUGACGAUUACUAUCCACAAGCUGUGGCCCUUUGGGCAGUAAUUACUGACAUUUCGAAGGAGACUGAAACCUGUCCAGACGAAGUUUAUAACUGCAAACCACUGACCAUUCUAUGUUCUCUAGCUGACUUUUGGUUUCCUGUUAAACAGAAUAUUCAAAGUGAACAAUUUCUAGAUCUCCGUCGCGACCCGCUCUUCUGGAAUUUAUUACAGCAGGGCUUUAGUCAAAGUAAUUCGCUGGCGAGAAAACAGUCUAUAUAUCUGUUAAAACGAAUUGUCGAUAUAUGCAAUGAAACUCAGGAAAACUUGGAGUGUUCUCUUUCAGAAAGUCAUCAAGUGCCAUUAUUUUGGUGGGACAAACAACAUUCCCAUCAACUAACAAAACUCUGGGACGAUUUUAUUAUUCUGUUUGAAAUAUUCGAAGAAAAACAGGUACAUAUCAUAAAGCCGCUUCUUCCCCGUUUCUCAAAUCUUGUGGAAGCCACUACAGACAAUGGAGGUUUUCUUCUGCAUUCUUCCUGGCUUCUGGUUCUAAUAUCCCGUUGUCUCCUUCACGAAAACAUUUUCCUUAUCAAAUGGGCAGUCAAUGUUGCUCUAGAUUUCAACCUAGUCACGUGUCCUUUCAUUUGGCAAGAUCAAGAAUCAUACUUCUCUGGAAAAUUUCUGGGUUCUUUGAAGGAAAUUAAAUUGUAUGGACGGGAACCAGACACUAAUUUUGGCUCCUGCCCUAAGAUUGGAGAUAGUUUGUCACAUUUUUUCAUAUCAUGCUGGGAGGCUUUAGAAACAAAAGAAAGAAAAGCCAACUUCUUCUGUAAAGUCUUGGAAACCAUGAAUUCACAAAGCUGGAGUCCUAUCCCACUUAUAUUUCUUUCUAGAGCACUAACAAAGCUACCUCAGUCUCCUUUAUUGGAUAAAUCUGCCAUUGUAAACAUACGUGAGAUAGUUGUGACGUGCCAAAGAACUGUUGAGACUUACAUACGAGGGGCCACUCAGUGUUUUCUGGCGGAAGCCCUUAUCAAUCUGUUGGACUUUACAUUAGUGACACCUUCAGAGUGGGCCUACGGCGUUUCUGUUUUUUACCGAGACGAAAGCCUACAACGCAACAAUUCUCUUUGGAAAUGCUAUGUCAGAUGGCUUCAAAAUAACAUCACAACUGAUGCUUAUGGAACUUGGGCAACGAAACCAUUUCUCCAAGCUUUGCACGAUGCGUUUCUGAAUUACCUGAAAGACGAUGCCGUUUCCGUUAUAGAUGGUACUGAAGCUAUCAAAAUAGUGCGAACAUUCCUUUUAUGCUGUGAUGCAGACUUAUUAAUAAUUUCAAAAGCAACAAUGCCAUCACCCAAUCAAGAGACACAAGGGCGUCUGUCUGCCGACGAUUUUCUUCUGCCUUUAAUUGAUAUAUUAUUAUCUUUAAACACUCACCCGUAUCUUCCAGCUGGCAGAGCACACCGAGCCCUGCAUUUGUUACUUGUAUUACUUGAGGAAUUUGGAAUCGAUGAAUUACAAAGAGAAGAGAAUGGUUCUAUCUCAAAAUCAAUUUUCCAUCUUGUUACAAAAUGUGCGAGUGAGACAGUAAAAUAUAUUUCCUGUCAGAUUACUUACGAAAUUGAAUGUUUGGAUCACACAGAACUCCUUCAUAUCUACUGCCAUCUCAUUUUGAAAUAUGUUGAAUGGAACCUAUGGGACCACAUCAUUGAAGAUAUCAGUUUGCUGGUUUCAACUUGUAUUGAACUCCUUAAAAGAUCAAGCAAGCCGCCAUCAGAAGUUUCUAUCUCAAGCCAGCUAUCGCAGGCCUUCGCAAUGAGUCUUUUAGGAACAAUAACCAAAAUUUUAUAUCAUAAUAAGCUCUGCUAUUCUCAUUGUGAAAUUCGGUCAAUGUUGAAAGACUUCUCUAAAGAUUUUGAUAGCAAUUACUUGAAUCUCACCAAACCCAAUUCCCUGGAAUGUGAAAACAGUGGGAAAGAUGCUGACAAAAAUCAAGUAUUAAUAUACGCAUGGGGCAAACUCAGCAGCCUUUAUUCCAUAAACAGAUGGUGGUGUAUGCUGUACUUUAGCCAAAUUCAAGAAAAGUCUGUCUCUAAUUUGAAUGAGUCUGAAAAGUUACUCCAACAAACAGUGGACGCUCUUUGUCUUGGUUCUGGUGACAGUGCUUUACCAAUGCUUAAGUGCCUCGAAAACGAUAUUGCUCAGGUAGCCUCUGAGCCAGCUUACUGUGAUAUUAUUGUCAAUGCAAUGAAUGUUGCAUGGAAUCGCAUUGAGGAAGAACACAAGUCAGCAUCUUAUUGGCAGUUGUUUGAAGCCUAUGUCACUAGUUGUUUCCAAACUGAGACCAUCAGAUCUGCACCUGAUUCUUCUGUCAAUAAAUUUCUUCAGGAGAAUAGUCUACUAAUUCUUCAAAUAGGAGAGGAGAGAACUGGUAUGGCAAAUAUUUUCAUUAAACAUUUAUGUAAAGUCUUUCAAAGUGACGGAAUGAGUCAGUAUGCUGAAAAUUUCACCAGAACUAUAAUUAAGGCUUGUACAUAUGGAACUGUGUAUCGGAAAAAUGAAAGAUUCCGACAGGAUGUCUCUGCUUUUAUUGGCAGCAUCCAAAGUGAAUGUGCCAUCAAUGAGCUCCAAUCUAACUUUUCUAGGUGUGAUAUGGAAGUACGAAUGUUGACAAUUAACUGGUUAACACAGCUCAAUGUCUCUGAUUCCAAGCACUGCCAUUUAGUACAUUCCUUGAUUGUAGCUUUAAUAGAAAAGCACAGAGAAAUUAACCAAUUCAGAUCGUACCGGAACUUUGCCAAUUCCUUACCACACCGGCUCAAACAAAGGAUAAUCCAAGCAUUAGUUUUGUUCAAAGAAUUUAUAUUAGAAUCAAAUCAAGAAUUUGUCUGGGAUUAUAUUUGGGAAACUCUAAUGGUCGAGUGCCAGCCAUCUGUUCGCAACAUGCUUGAAUGGUUGGCUCUGUGCUUGAUUCUAAAAUUUCCUUCUUAUGUUUCUCAAAUAUGGAAACAGUAUCAGACGUUAGCAGAAACCAGUAGCAUGUGCACUUGCUCCUUGUUGAAGAUUUUGUCUCAUAUUGGAACUCGGUUGGAGUCAGAACACGAACAGACAGAGUUCUAUGAGUCUGCCUUUCUGCAUUUAAUGCAUUGUGUACAAAUCAUCUUCAACACACGAAUUUAUGCCCAUGCCACAAGUUGUAAAAUGUGGAAACAGUGCGAAUCCCUUCAACUGAAUCAUAUCACAAGUAGAUUUUCUCUUUUGGAAGGAUGUCUUCAAUUCACUGAUGACAGUAAUGCCUCGAAGAACACAAUAAAGCUAAUGGAAUCUUACUUUAUGGCAGUGUUUGAUCCGAUCAAAGAUUUUAGCAUUGAAACUAUAUUUCAUCUUUUACCUAAGCUGACCGGAUUAAAUGAGGAAGAAUGGAUUUUACCACAAAUGUUCAGCCAAACAGAUCCUGCUUGGUCUGAUCCUACGGAAAGCAAAGCAAGGCUGCUACCUCUCUAUAACGAAGACAGAGCUUUGAGUGAGUGCAAGUCAGAACCCUGGAAAGUGAAAGUUUCUCAUGCUCCUGUGUUGCCAAAUGAAGAAUCCCCUACAGAAGGCCUAGAUUUUCAGAAGAAAAUAAUGCCUUGGCGAUUAAUGACCCCGGAUGUUUUAAACGAGGAACAGCAAAAUUUCUUAGAAAAGAAGACCAACGUCAGCCAGUUGGUAUUGGUAACCUCACUUAUCAACAAAGUUCCAAAUUUAGGAGGUCUUUGUCGGACAGCUGAGGUGUUUGGUAUAUCGGAAUUUGUGAUAGGAAGUUUGAGACAUCUUGUUGAUAAGAAUUUCCAGGCUUUAAGUGUUACUGCUGAAAAAUGGAUACCAAUAAAAGAGGUUCCAGCUGAUCAACUGCAAAAUUUCCUCUUUGAAAAGCAGCGUGAAGGGUUUACCUUGGUUGGCGCUGAGCAAACUGCCAACAGUGUUUCUCUUCAGCAUUAUCAAAUGGCAGAGAAAACUGUUCUGAUUUUGGGGAACGAACGCGAAGGCAUUCCAGCCAACCUAAUCCCCCUCUUGGAUGUGUGUGUUGAGAUUCCACAACAAGGAAUUGUCCGUUCUCUCAAUGUCCACGUCAGUGGAGCGAUACUGAUGUGGGAAUAUACACGUCAACUCUACAGCUCAGGUGUCAUUAACUGAACGUGGAGAUCCAUUGGUGCGGAUGGAUUCAAUAUCCAUUGAUACCCAGAUGUAAAUUAUGAAUAAAAUUGCUGAUUAUAUUGAAAUAAAA